AAUUGAUCUGUCGUUAAACAAGCCAACAGAAAUAGCAGGGAGGCACGAAGCUUCUUUCCGACUUGUUAUCAUUUACCAAUCACAACAAACACUAAAACCUUUGAAAGAGACGGUUAAACUAUUAACAUCGUUUCUUCUCUUUUAAUUCUCACAACACCCAUCUCACGCUUCUCACAAACAUCACUCCCACUUUUCCUUUUCAUUUUUUUGUAAAUUCUGUCUGUAAUUCCUUUUCAUGAGACUUCCAGAUCCAGGAUGCACAGAAAGCUCUUCCCUGCAUCGUCCACAACAAAUCAAACCCAAGAGUGCUCUGACUUUUGUGAACCAACUUGCCCGUACAACUGCUUUUCCUUUCCAGACCACUACUCCCCUCCACGGCCGCCUCCGCCGCCCAUUUUACCUCCAAGUAAUCAGAUCACGUCCUACUUGGCCAUCGUUGCUUCACUAUUCACUGUCGUAUUUGUUCUUGUUGGUUUCUACGUUCUCAAAGUAAAGUGCUACUCCGACUGGUGUGGGCGGAGACGCAAUGGAUCCUUUACCACCCAAUCAGACAGCCUUGAGGAUGAGUUUGUUCGCGAGAAUCAAGUUGAUCACCCCAUCUGGUUGAUCACCACAAUUGGUUUGCAGCAGUCUAUCAUAAACUCCAUCACGGCUUGUAAGUACAAAAAGGGCGAGGGACUGAUCGAAGGAACAGAGUGUUCAGUGUGCUUGAAUGAAUUCCAGGAAGGCGAAACCUUGAGACUCUUGCCAAAAUGCAACCACGCCUUUCACAUCCCCUGUAUCGAUACGUGGCUGCGGUCUCAUGUCAAUUGUCCUCUUUGUCGUGCCGGUAUUGUCCCUAACAAUGCCACUUCCGGUGCAGCCAUCUUAAAUAUGAGUUCAUCCGUGGAGGAAAACUCCAACACGGUGGUAAGAAAUGAAGACGCCCGAGUUGAGCGGAAUGGUGGUGAAUUAAUUAUUGUGGACUCUGAAAACCGGGAGGGAACAGGAGAAGCAGGGGAAGCCGAGGAGUUCGCUCAUGAAUCAAUUUCAAAGGAGUGCCCGAAUGUUGAUGAGAGUGAACAGAUUGUGGAUGAUAUGCGAAAAGGAACGAGUUCUGUGUCGAUGGAUUCUCCCGUUGAUGAUAUAAACCAUGACACUGAACGACACACGGUCAAUCUUCUGAAGAAAGGUGGUGAAUACUCAACACUCUUUAAAUCAGGGCGUCGGUCUUCAGUUGCACAAUGUCUUCACGUAACCCCAGUUUCGAUGAAGAGGUCAGUCUCCUGCAGUGGAAGGAUUGUAUCUACGAGAGGCUACAAGAGUCUGAAUUCAAGUCUUGCCCGCUAGAAUUUUCUAACAUCACAACUUGUACACACAAGCGUCUUCUGUCUUCUGCAUCGUUUGAAUUGGGGGUGCCAUUAUUUUCGCAAUCACCAAGCAUGAAGCGCGUGGCAUGCAAAGCAAAAUUAUGUUCCGAGGAAGAGUUAGAUUUUAAAUAAGGCAAAUUUUAAAAUGGUUUGGUUGUUAUACUUGUAGUUUGGGAUUUUGGGCAGAAGAGUUACACACGUCCCGGCAACGAGGAAAGGCACAUGAUCCCCUGACUGAGGAGGCGUCUUUGUUUCUUUCCUCAAGCCUAUUGGGCUCAUGUAAAUAUCAUAUGUAAGCUGACGGCCCAACUAUGAGAAUGAGACUCUUCCACCA